AUGGCAAAUUGGGACGUGACAAAGCUGGAUGUCUUCAAGUACCUGCGCUGCCUCCGGCACCUGGGCAAGGCCAUGCUGCUCGUGGUCUUUGCCCUGGCCUGGCUGGAGGUGCAGGCCGUGUUCUCAUGCAGCCUGGCACCGGCCUGGAGGCAGGGCGGCCUGAUCAUGCGCGCGCUGGUGGGGAUCACGGGCGCUGUCUUCCUUGCAAUGGUGGCCCUCCUGCUCUGGGCCUACCUGGCAACCUUUGCUGCCAACCCGGGACUGGUGCCCCCUGGCUGGCAGCCUUUUGAGCUCGACGAGGAGCAGCAGGUCGGGAGCGCAGACCUGCAGGCCCUGGCCGACGACUUCACCGAGCUCAUCCGGGACUCGGAGGACCCAGUGCAGUGGCACCUGCUGCGCCCCCGCUUCUGCAAGAAGUGCGCGGCCUGGAAGCCGCCGCGGGCCCACCACUGCCGCAUGACGCAGCGCUGCGUCCUCAAGAUGGACCACUGGUGCGUCUGGGUGCUCAACUGCGUGGGUCUCUUCAACUACAAGUUCUUCGUCCUCUUCCUUGGGUACACCGACGUCGCCUGCUGGAUCAGCGUGAUCCUGCUGCUCGGGCCCACGCUGCGCCAGUUCAGAGGCACGGCCGGCCCGCUGAGCACGCUGCUGCUGGCCUUCACAGCCUUUGUCUUCGCAGCGGCGUUCUCGCUGGCCCUCCUCGCCUUUCUCAUCAUGCACCUGCGCCUGAUCGCCCGCAACCAGACCACCAUCGAGGCCUUUGAGAAGGCGCCGGUCAAACCCUGGCCGUACGACCAGGGCUGGCGGCGGAACUUCCUGGAGGUGUUUGGGCGCCAGAGGCAGUACUGGCUGCUCCCGCUGCACCCCGCCGCGGAUGCCGAGGCCAUGCGACGAGCCUACCUCGAGUGGACCCUGCCUUGGCCCAUCGACAGCGGGCAACUAGAUGAUCACGCCGGUCUCGAGAUGUCACAAUCAUACUAG